AAAUAGUUGUGGCGGCAAAAUGAAAAGCAGGCCUUUUAUUUUCCUUUCCCACUUACAAACAAAUUUAACUUAAACACCUACAUUUUUCCGAGUUACACUUAAAUUCAUUUAUAUCCGCUGGAUGCAGCUCUCAAGUUAGUAAUUUUGCCAUUCAUCUAGUGGCAACAUCGAGUACGACUCUUGAUGCACUUUUAUUAGAGCGGAAGGAAAGGACGUGUGAAUGAUGAUGACUUAACAGAUUGUUUGCAACACUACAAGACAAGACUUGCAACGUUCAGGUGAAAAACACAUAUUACCAUGAUACUGUUUUGCCCUCCGAAUAUAACACUCAAUGAAAUAUGGGUAAAUGGAGGCACUUCACAAUGCUUUAUGGACACAGUUUCUAAUAGCAUUACGGCAGGAUGGCUCUUGUUAUUUGGAACAUCUCAACUAUGGAUUUACCACAAAUAUGGGACCACAGUCACUUCAGCAUCCCUUCCGAAAUCACAGCUGUAUGGCCUUCAAAUACUGUUCUUAGUUCUGCUUCCUGUGCUUUGCAUAAGUCGUUUUCUUGUGCAAGCCACCCUUGUUAAUGGCUAUGCCGUGUACGGUUACAUGAUCUUAUCCCUUGUGUUGUCGCUGGUACAAUAUCCUUUAUCCAUAGCUCUCCUGGUUGUUGAGCGGCAUUAUUUGCUACCAUCAGUCCCCUCAAGAGGUCAUGGGCUUGUUCUAUUGUUAUUUUGGACGUUAUUGUUCAUCUUUGAAAACCUUAGUUUUGUUAACCUGCGCAAAGAUGAUUGGUGGUUUCACCUUACCACGGUCACUGACAAAAUUGAAAUGGCUCUGUUUGUACUCCGCUAUGUAUCAUGCUUGGGCAUAUUUGUGCUUGGGUUGAGAGCUCCGGGUAUAAUGACAUAUCGUGAUUAUUACAACAUAGGUGCUGCUGGUUCCGAGGCUAGAAUUCCUAUCAUAGAGGACCCUAACUCUCAAAGUGGCUCAACAUGGCGGAAUUUCUGGAAGAAAAUGAGAAUUCUUGCUCCAUUCUUGUGGCCUCGGAAAGAAAUAAUGCUUCAGUUUCGAGUGUUGUUUUGUUUUCUGCUCCUUGCUGGAGGCCGUGUAAUCAACCUGUAUGUGCCCAUCUUCAGCAAACUAAUAGUUGACAGUAUCACAAUGACUUCUCCUGUCUUUCGUUUCGACUUGGUUAUAGUUUACGUACUUUUCAAAUUCCUCCAAGGAAGUGGAACAGGAGCAAUGGGACUUUUGAAUAACUUGCGUUCUUUUUUGUGGAUAAAAAUUCAGCAGUAUACUACUCGUGAGGUUGAGUUGUCCCUUUUUCAACACCUUCAUGGAUUGAGUUUGCGUUGGCACCUGGGCCGUAAAACUGGCGAAGUACUCCGAGUAAUGGACCGAGGCACAGACAGCAUUAAUAAUCUUCUCAACUACAUCCUCUUCAGCAUUUUCCCCACAAUCACUGACAUAGUAAUAGCUGUUGUAUUUUUUGUGUCAUCAUUCAAUGGCUGGUUUGGUCUGAUUGUAUUUGUUACCAUGACACUCUACAUAGCUGCCACCAUAAUGGUGACUGAAUGGAGAACCAAGUUCCAACGACGCAUGAACCUGGCAGACAAUGCCCAAAAGGCCAGGAGUGUGGAUUCCCUUCUUAAUUUUGAAACAGUUAAGUAUUAUGGUGCUGAAAGCUAUGAAGUUGAUGCAUACAAAGAAGCCAUUAUUACAUACCAGGCAGAAGAAUGGAAAAAUAGUUUAACCCUAAAUAUUUUAAACACAGUCCAAAACUUUAUCAUAAGUGGAGGCCUUCUGGCAGGAUCUUUGCUGUGUGUCCAUAUGAUUGUUGAUUUGAAAGAACUCACUGUUGGAGACUAUGUUUUGUUUGCAUCUUACAUAAUUCAGCUAUAUGUGCCUCUUAACUGGUUUGGUACCUAUUAUCGAGCCAUUCAGAAAAACUUUGUUGACAUGGAAAACAUGUUUGAUCUCCUUCGAGAAGAGCAAGAAAUAGUGGAUAUUCCAGGAGCAAGCCCAUUGGCUAUUCGUCAAGGGAAAAUUGAAUUUUUUAAUGUAUCAUUUUCAUACCUCCCAGAAAGGACAGUCCUGAAGAAUGUCAGUUUUACGGUUCCAGGGGGGAAAACAGUUGCUAUUGUUGGACCAUCAGGUAGUGGAAAGACAACUAUUAUGCGAUUAUUAUUCCGAUUUUAUGAUGUUGAUAGUGGGGCUAUUUUUGUUGAUGGCCAAAAUAUAAAAACUGUACAACAAAGUUCAUUGCGUCAAAAUAUUGGAGUAGUUCCACAGGACACUGUUCUCUUCAACAAAUCCAUUAUGUACAACAUUCAAUAUGCACGUUUGGAUGCAUCUGAGGCGGAUGUCAUUGCAGCUGCCAAAAGUGCUGAAAUUCAUGACCGCAUUCUUACAUUCCCUGAUAAAUAUGAAUCACAAGUUGGAGAGCGUGGUUUGAAACUAAGUGGUGGAGAGAAGCAAAGAGUUGCAAUAGCAAGGACCCUUCUUAAAAGUCCUGCUAUUGUCCUUCUAGAUGAAGCGACUAGUGCAUUAGAUACCCAAACUGAAAGAAAUAUUCAGGCAGCUCUUCAUAAAGUUUGUACUGACCGUACGACAGUAAUUGUUGCUCACCGUCUUUCCACUAUCAUUCAUGCUGAUGAAAUCCUUGUUUUGAAGGAAGGUGAAAUUGUUGAAAGGGGAAGUCACGCUGAUUUAAUCGCUGAAGAUGGUGUGUAUGCGAAUAUGUGGCAGCAGCAACUCAAGAAUGAGGCAGAAAACAAAAAGAAGAGCCACACUGAUGAAGAGGGUUCUGAUGUAGGUGACAGUGCUACUAGAUAAAGUAAAUUAGUUCUCCUAGUUAAUUUUUAUUUAUUGUAUUGUUGCUUCAAUAAGAUUAUUUCAUACUAUUUAGUAAUGAACAUUUGAUGAGAAAUAUUUGGGGAGGUUCUUUUCCUUGUGCUGCUGACUUUUUUCCUUAAGUAAAAAUAUGUAGACAAACUAGAUGAAAUGAGUUGUUGAACAAAGUUCCUUUAGACUUAAUUCUGUAGGUCAUUGUAGACAGUUGCAUUCACUAUCUAUAAAUAAUGGUGCCAUAUGUAUUUUACUGGUGAGACCAAGAGGUUUUAUGUAAUAUGAAUUGUAGAGUAACAUCAUUUGGAACAUUGUCAUUAUUGGUACAUGCUGCCAUGCUUAUUUAUUCAGUUUCCUGAGACUUAAUGUUAUCUUCCAAUGAAAAUUGUAUAAAGGGUUUUAGUUUUACUGGC